CUCGCCCCGGCGGCCGUCCAGCGGGAGGCGGAGCGAGUCCAAAAUGGCGGCUCUCAGGCAGGCGCGCUCCUUGCUGCUGGGGCUUUGAGGUGGUCGCCCAGGGUCCAGGGGACGAUUUCCCCGCCGCGGGGGCCCUAGAGGAUGAAUCGGGGGCUCUGCUAAGGUCAGGCGGCGGGGCCGGAGAGAGGUGGCAGCAAGGGCUGCGGUGGCGUCCACGCAGCGGGAUGUGCGAGAGUUACUCCAGGUCGUUGUUGAGGGUCUCGGUGGCGCAGAUCUGCCAGGCUCUGGGCUGGGACUCGGUGCAGCUCAGCGCCUGCCACCUCCUCACCGACGUGCUGCAGCGCUAUCUGCAGCAGCUGGGCCGGGGCUGCCAUCGGUACUCCGAGCUCUAUGGCCGAACAGACCCAAUUUUGGAUGAUGUUGGUGAAGCUUUCCAACUGAUGGGGGUUAGUCUGCAUGAACUAGAAGACUAUAUUCACAAUAUUGAACCUGUUACUUUCCCACAUCAAAUCCCUUCAUUUCCUGUUAGCAAGAACAACGUGCUUCAGUUUCCUCAACCUGGAAGUAAAGAUGCCGAGGAAAGAAAAGAAUACAUUCCUGAUUACAUGCCACCCAUUGUGUCUUCUCAAGAAGAGGAAGAAGAGGAGCAGGUGCCCACUGACGGGGGCACCUCAGCAGAAGCCAUGCAAGUGCCCCUGGAAGAAGACGAUGAACUGGAGGAGGAGGAAAUCAUUAACGAUGAGAAUUUCCUGGGCAAGAGACCACUGGACAGUCCUGAAGCUGAGGAAAUGCCCGUCACGAAGCGGCCGCGGCUGACGAGCACGAAAGGGGACGCCCCGGACGCGGUGCCGCUGGAAGCGCGCGAGCCGCUCAGCUCCAUCAACGCGCAGAAGGUGCCCCCGCCGCCGGCCCCCGCGCACGCACAGGACAGCGCCGGCCUCGGCCCCGCCCCCCCGGAGCCGCCCCCGCUGGCUCCCGCAGCCAAACCACAGAUGCCAAGUGCAAAGCCGUUAGAGACCAAGUCAUUUGCCCCCAAAACAAAGACUAAAACCAGUUCUCCCGGACAGAAGAUUAAAUCACCCAAAACCACCCUGUCACCAGCCAUGGUCGGAAGUCCUAUUCGGUCACCAAAAACUGUAUCCAAAGAGAAGAAGUCGCCAGGACGUUCCAAGAGCCCCAAGAGCCCCAAGAGCCCCAAGGUUAUGCCCCACGUCCCCCCAGCACCUGUCAGGCCGGAAACACCAAAUAGGACUCCUGCUGCUGCCGUGAGCGAAAAGCCCAGCAGAGAGGCCGCUCCCGCGAAAGCCCCGCACGCGCCGGCCGAGGCGGGGAAGCCGAGCGUGGAGGGUGCUCCGAGAAGGGCCGCCGUGGCCGAUAAGACCAUCGACGCCUCCAUCGAUGCCGUGAUCGCGCGAGCCUGUGCUGAGCGAGAGCCGGACCCCUUCGAGUUCUCUUCUGGGUCGGAGUCCGAAGGAGACAUUUUCACCAGCCCCAGGAGAAUUUCGGGUUCGGAGUGCCCUGCUCCAAAAGCCUCCACGUCGGCGAACAGUUUCACGAAGCCGGGGUCCACCCCCCUGCCCCUUUCGGGCGGGACCUCCAGCUCGGACAACUCGUGGACGAUGGACGCCUCGAUCGACGAGGUGGUCCGCAGAGCCAAGCUGGGAGCGCCGGCUCGCGCGCCCCCCGGCUUCCCCUACGGCUCCCCGCCCCCUGGGUCCCCGCCCACGCCCGAGCCCCCGCACAAGGUGUACGAAGACAAGGCCAAGCUGCCUUCGUCCGUGGAGGUAAAGAAGAAGUUGAAAAAGGAGCUGAAGACCAAAAUGAGAAAGAAAGAAAAGCAGAGAGACAGGGAGAGGGAGAAAGACAGAAACAAGGAGAAAAGCAAAGAAAAGGACAAAGUGAAAGAGAGAGAGAGAGACAAGGAAGCCGGCAAGGAAGCAAAGUACCCUUGGAAGGAGUUUCUUAAAGAUGAGGAUUCAGACCCCUACAAGUUUAAAAUCAAAGAAUUUGAAGACGUUGACCCGAAAGUGAGAUUGAAAGACGGAAUUGUGAGGAGGGAGAAGGAGAAGCAUAAAGAUAAGAAAAAAGAUAGAGAAAGGGGCAAGAAAGAUAAAGAGAAAAGAGACAAAGAAAAAGCUAAAGAUAAAGGGAGAGAGGAUAAGACGAAAGUGCCACCAGCCCCUCUGGUGUUGCCCCCAAAAGAAAUGGCCCUGCCCCUGUUCAGCCCGGCCGCCGCCGCCAGGGUUCCUGCCAUGCUGCCCUCUCUGGCGCCCAUGCUUCCAGAAAAACUAUUUGAGGAGAAGGAGAAACCUAAGGAGAAAGAAAGGAAGAAAGACAAAAAGGAAAAGAAGAAAAAGAAAGAAAAAGAGAAGGAAAAGGAAAAGAAAGAGAAGGAGCGGGAGAAAGAGAAAAGAGAAAGAGAGAAGAGAGAAAAAGAAAAGGAGAAACACAAGCAUGAAAAAGUAAAAGUGGAACCGGUCGUCCCAGCCCCGAGUCCAGUUAUCCCCAGGUUAACCCUCCGAGUCGGUGCUGGCCAGGACAAGAUCGUCAUCAGCAAAGUGGUCCCCGCCCCGGAGGCUAAGCCCGCGCCCGCCCUGAACCUGCCCAAGACGCCGCCCCCGGCCGCCGCGCCCCCCGGCCCCAGCCCCGCGCACCUGGGCCCCGCGGCGCCGCCGCCGCCCCUCGCCGCAGCCUGCCCGGCGCUGCUGUCCCUGCCGGGCCCCGCGGCCGGCAGCGCCAAGGCCCCCGUGCGGAGCGUGGUGACCGAGACGGUCAGCACUUACGUGAUCCGGGACGAGUGGGGCAAUCAGAUCUGGAUCUGCCCCGGCUGUAACAAGCCGGAUGACGGGAGCCCGAUGAUCGGCUGCGACGACUGCGACGACUGGUACCACUGGCCCUGCGUUGGAAUCAUGGCUGCGCCCCCCGAGGAAAUGCAGUGGUUCUGCCCCAAGUGCGCCAGCAAGAAGAAAGAUAAGAAGCACAAGAAGAGGAAGCACCGAGCACACUGACGUCCGCCCGCGGUCUGGGCCGCAGCGAGCCCGGCUCCUUCCCUGGCCGCUCCGGACCGGAGCUCCUGUGACUGCUGUGACUCCGAGUCCUGAGGACGGUGGAUCCCGGAAGACGGAGGACAGGAACACGCCACCCUUCCUUCCCCUUCGGAAACGCACCGGCCUGCGCCCCAUGGUCGGGAGACUGGAGAAGAACUCGAGGUGUGGCCCGCGGGCCGCCCCCACCUCCCCAUUGCCAGUGGCAGCAAGUAUUAUUAAUAAAAAGGCCAUGCUUCCUCCCUUUGGAUUUUUUUUAUUCUCUCCAGGGCCUUUUCAUUAAGGUAUUAGAUGCGAAGAUAAUGUGUAAACUGCCUUGACUGUGAUUUGAGGAUGACACCGUUAGUCUGUAUACAGUUUUCAGCCCCUUUCCCUCUAUAGUAAGAUAAUCAUCAUAACAGAAAACAAAACUCCAGUUGGAGUAUUGGUAAAUAUUUUUGUGAUAAGAAUAUAUGAAGCUUCCCUUUCCCCUCCCCCCGUUUUUAGUACUAACAUGUAAAAUGUUCAGGCUUUUGUGAAAUACCUUAUAUUUUUUAAGAAAAAGGUUUCUAUCAUGUCCUGUUUGCUUUGUGCAAAUUAUUUUUGUUUACUCUGACGUAUUUUAUAUCUUUGUUGCAUUCUGAUUUCGCCCUUCUUGAAACUGCUGGAGUCUCUUCUCACUGCUUGUACAUUUCAUCAACUUGUAUAAAAACUCUUCAUACUAAAAGAUUUCCCCUAAUGUAAAUAAUAAAUAUUUAUGAAGUAGUUAUUUUUAAAAUUUUUAUCGUGUUUAAUUCUGGCUUUCUCUGAAAUCCACUGCGAUUUCAGCCAUGUCUGUAAUUACGCUGUAUAUACGCAAAGAAGGCUAGAGAAAAAGAGCCAUAGUUCAAAGUAAUUUACCUUGAGCUAAACCUGUGCAGUGCUCAAAACAUUGUGGGGAAAAAGGCCCUAGCAGUUGGAAGGAAAACAAGGCAAUUUAAAUCUAUAGUUUAUGAUUUAAAAUUGUUUUGUUUAUUAUCUUGUUUUUGUAAAUUUCUUUGACAUUUAUUAAAAGGACAUGUAGGUUCCACAAAAGUAAAAAAAAAAAACAAAAACCGUAUACUGUAGCAUUUUGUGUUUAUAUUGUUUUAUUUCUACAAAUCUGUUCAUUGAUAUUGUGCUUUAAGGCUGAAAUGAAGUAUAUUAUGAAUUUUUUUUUAAGAAAACUCAUCAAAUUUCAGGGUAUCACAAAAUUUUAUUAUAUUACUAUACUGCCCACUAUUUAUUAUAUGUUAUAGAUGUCUGAGAGGUAAACCAAAUAUUUUAUUUUUAAUGUAAAAACAUCAAAUUUAACUUUAUUAGCAUAUUUUAGCAACUUUGGAAUAAAUAUGGACUUUUACUUGAUUUUGAAAUAAUCCCAAUUUGGGCCCGUGUGAUGGAUCUCUUGAAUGCUAGAAUAUGGGCUUUGAACCUAAUACAAAUAUAUUAAUAGCAAAUGUGAUUUUUUUUAAUGCCAAGUAAAUUGAUAUUAGUGUAUGAAUUAGUCAUAUUUUAAAACAUAUUAUGUGGUUAGAGAAAUGCAGUUUUCUCCCAUGAAUGUUAAAUUGCAAAUCAGUGGAAAUGAAGUAGACCUUCUGAAUACAGGAUACCAUUGCCCUCCUUGUUCCAGAGGCCAUACUUUUUCUAUCCCUGCAAAAAAAAAAAAAAACAACAAAGCAUCUAUGUUGAGAUAUGUGUUUUUUGUUUUAUUAAUUUGAGCUCAUUCUAAAUACUUUAUACAAUAUUUUCACAUGCACAAAUAUACCCAUUAGCGCUUUUUGGAGAGGGAUGAGGGGUGGGGGAAGUGCAAAAUAAAGAUUAUUGGCUAUUUCAUA